ACAUAUGAAGAAGUUACGAAGAAAUGUUUGAUGGAUUUGUUACAACUCAUUGGAAGUCCUUGUCAGCUGCUACACCAAAGUUGGAGAGCCCUAUAACGAGGAGGAACCAGCAUCUUCAAUCAUAGUGACUCUGAGGACUGUCAACUUCUCCUAGGGCAGAUUACCCCCCAGUGCGCCAAACGCCAUAGCUCACUCGUUCAGCUACGGAAUCGAGUGAUUCAACUUUCAGUGAAAAGCUGACACUGCCAGCUACAACAUAUCCGAUUUUCAGAUCGUUUCACCGAUUGGAGUUUUGGAUAUAGCUAUUCGAAGGUCGCGAGUUUUCUGGGCGUCAUAACGAAGUGCUGCAGAAAUUUCCAAGGAGCCAUUGAAUCUUCUGCUUAUAGCCUUCUCUAACCAACAAGUGGUAUCAGAGCCUAUUAUCACGCAUUUGGGACCUAAAAUACGAUGGGAGAUAAAGAGGACUCUGGUGGAGGUGAUACUUCAGUCCAAGGAGGCAGCUCAACCCAAGAUUCUGGCAUUGCAGCGCAAAGGGGAGCGCGUACAAGCCAGGGGUCACUGCUUAAGGAGGUGCUGAAGAACUUCACCAUUGAGAAGUUCUCUGGAGAUGGCUAUGAUGAUUGGGCAUGGAAGAUGCAGCUCUACUUUCGACAAAUUGGCCUCUUGAAGCUCAUGAUUGGAAUGGAGCCAAGGCCAAAGGAAAUGGCAGAGCAAGCGGACUGGGAUGAACGUUCAUCUGCUGGGUAUUAUCUACUGUCACAAAGCUUGGAGCUGAACCAGAGGCAUCACAUCAUGCAUCUGCUACCGGAAAUUGAUUGUGGGCCCAAGGCAUGGGCAGUGCUCAAGGACCUGCACGCUCCGACAUCGGUUGCCGCUUCUCUCAUGCUGGAUCGGGAGCUGUGCAUGCUGCGGUUGAGCGAGAAUGAACCUGUGCAGCCCGUACUGGACAAGAUGAGGGAACUCUACGCGAAAUUGGCGAUCGCAGGCAUCACGUACCCAGAGCAGACAAAGUGUCUCAAGAUGCUCAGCCUGCUGCCGGAGUCUUGGCUGCAAUUUAUAAGCGGACUCAGCUUGCCACAAAACCAAAGUCAAUGGACAUUGGAGUGGAUUCGCACCAAGAUUCUGGAAGAAGAUUUUCGUCGCUAUACACUGCGCGGAGGUGAUGACAGCACCAGCGGCUAUGCCAUGCAAGGGACAUGGAGGGAUCGAGGGCGUGGCAAUCGCGGUCGCUCUUACCACAGCCAAGGUGGUCGCGGGACUUGGAACCAGCGGGGGCGUGGUGGCGCUGGUGCAAGAGGAAGAGGUGGUCACUCCAACAAUGACAACAGUGAACCACGCUUGAGGAGAGAGUGCUGGUAUUGCAAGGAAGAAGGGCAUCCAUGGUUUCGCUGCCCUACCAAGCCCGACUGGUGGACCCCUUGGAACCAAUCGCAGAAGGGGAAUGGAGGAAAGCAACCACAUGGAGGUGCCAACAUGGUAGCUGAUCCUGCUGAAGAAACCUCCAAGGAUGACAGAGGAAUGGGAAAUGAGGAGAGGAAUGCUGGACAGUUCUACCAUGUGUGUGACAAAGAUGACAGUGGCACAGCUGUUGCAAGGGCUGGAGAGGAAUUGCACCCGCUUGACAUGUGGGUCAUGGACUCUGGUGCUGCAUGGACAAUGACACCACGCAAGGACUUGCUGGAUGCUGUGCGAGCGCCUCCAAUCUCUGAAGUGCGCUCAGCAUCCGGACAUGCAGUGAAGGUCGCUGGAGUUGGUCGAGCUGCAUUCAGAGCACCUGAUGGUGGACUGGUUGUGCUGAAGGACAUGUUACUCGUACCGGGGCUGAAGGCCAAUCUGAUAUCGCUGCGCAAGCUAGGCCAGGCCGGAGUCAGCACCACCACCAAUGGAUCCAAAACAUUCAAGGGGCUGCGAGGAGAUCGUGUGUUAUGGGAUUUACACGAAAGCAGAGAUGUCUUCAGAUCCAUGUGGCAGAUCCCUGCACUGAUAUGGGAAUCAACAAAGAAGGAGUUGGGAGAAGUAAAGGCGGGAUCUGGAGUCCAGGGGGAGUGUAAUGCAGUUAGUGCUGCAGGAGUGACGGUUUCUGCAAGGUCGGGGGAGACUGAUUGGGAAACCGCACACAGGCGUCUAGGGCAUGUGGCUAUGCCAUUGCUGCAGCAACUGCAUAAGGAAGAAGCAGUAAAGGGGCUCAAGCUUUCUGGGCAACCAAAUGAUACCAAGUGCGAGACAUGUCUGCUGAGCAAGUUCACACGGUUCCCCUUUCACGGCGUAGCUGGGAAAAGCAAGGCAGCACUGGAACUGGUGCAUAUGGACCUCGUAGGACCUUUUCCAUUCCGAGGAAGUAAGGGGGAAAGGUACUUCCUGACAAUAGUUGAUGACUGGAGUCGGCUGAUGUGGGCAUACCCGUUGAAGCAGAAGGAUCAUGCUGCCUCAACAAUACGAGAUGAUUGGCUGCCGUUCGUCGAGCGACAAUCUGGGCACCCAUGCAAGAGCAUCAGAACCGACCGAGGUGGAGAGUUUCUAGGAGGAGAUCUGACUGCGUGGCUCAAGAAACAAGGCAUUGAGCAUCAGCUAACGACGUCCUAUACCCCUCAGUCAAAUGGCGUUGCUGAGAGGGCUAAUAGGACCAUCCUGGAAACUGCGCGAGCGCUGCUGAUCGAAUCAGGGCUGGGGAACUCCAUGUGGCCUCAUGCGGUGAGGCAUGCUACUGUGGCAAGGAACCGCGUACUCACAAAGGUGGCUGAUGAUAUGUGGGUGCCGCUGGAGAGGUGGCUUGGAAAGAAGCCUCCAGUGGACAUGCUUCGAGUGUUCGGAUGCAUGGCAGUGGCGCAUGUCCCUAAACCGUACAGGACAAAGCUUGGAGCAUCUGCACUUUGGUGUGUGCACCUUGGGCUUGCGGCAGAGAGCAAGGGGUGGCUACUCUGGGAGCCCUCAAAGAAUGUGCUGUUUGACAGUCGGGAUGUCAAAUUUGUGGAGAACAUCAUGUAUGGCAAGUGGGAGAAGCAGCCGGAGGCAAGGGUCACCCAGCAGCUGGAAGAAAUCACUAUGCACUUCGAUCUGUCCGAACCUGAGGACAGCGAAGUCACUGCGCCAACGGCAAGCGGUACUGAUGAAGGAAGCAAUGAGGAUAUUGCAGCUGAUGCUGAAGUCAAGGAUCCGGAGCAGCAGCAGCAAGAGGCUUCCAAAACACCAAGUCUGCCAAAGCGAAGGAAACAGAUUGGUGGGGGGACAAAGGAUUGGGUGAAGGUGAAAGAAUGGGUAAAUCCAACCAUCUACCCUGCAUGUACCAGAAUGGCAACGAGAAAGCUGCUGAGCUCCACAAGUGGAGGAGCCACAACUGAGCAGCAGGAACAGGCUCAAGGCGAAGAUGCAGUGCUGUUCUUGGGUGAUGACCAAGAGUCAGAUGACGAGGAGCCUGCAUACUGCUUUUACGCACCAAUACAACCUCCGAGCAUGGAUCAUGCGCUAGCCGGGCCUCAACGGGGGAAGUGGCUCGUUUCAAGAGAUGCAGAGUACAACAGCCAGAUGGAGAAUCACACGUGGGACCUGGUGUACUUGCCAAAUGGGAAGAAGGCAAUACAGUGCAAGUGGCUGGCAAAAAUCAAGACGGAUGAGAAAGGAGAGCCAUCAGUUUACAAGAGCAGGCUGGUGGCAAAGGGGUUUCAGCAGAAAGAGAAGGAAGAUUACAAAGAAGUGUUUUCCCCAACUGCUAAGUCUCCAACGCUACGUGUGCUGCUGGCGGUAGCUGCUGUGCGCAAAUGGAAGGUGAAGCAGAUGGACAUCGUAACCGCUUUUCUGUACGGCAUUGUGGAAGAGGAGGUGUACAUGGUUCAACCACCUGGCUAUGAGGAUGGAACCGGUCGUGUCUGCAAACUUAACAAGGCCAUCUAUGGCUUGAAGCAGGCCCCGAGAUGCUGGUACAACAGGCUGGCCAGUGCACUGGAAGGGAUUGGAUUCCGUGCGAGUGCAUGCGACGAGAGCCUAUUCCUGAUGGGAGAGGGGGAGUCACUUGUGCUUCUGCUGGUGUACGUGGAUGACAUCCUGCUCUUCAGCAGCAGUGACAAGGAGAUUGAUGGGGUGCAGCAGAAGCUCACAGAGCAGUUCAAGUGCAAGUCACUUGGAGAGGCAAGCUGAAGGAGAAGGAGUUGAGAGUGAAGACCAGAGGCAAUUCCAAUCCAUGGUCGGGAGCCUACUCUACGCUGCUGUGCAUACUCGGCCUGACAUCAGCUUUGCUGUGGGACAGCUGGCUCGAGUAGUGCAAAAUCCAACAGAAGAGCAGUGUGGUGCAGCGGAGAGAGUGGUGCGCUACCUCAAGUCAUACCCUACAGUGGGAGUACAGUAUUCAGCCUCUGCUCAACUCAGUCAAAAAGGAGUUGAAGUCCUCAAAGAGAAUGGGGAGCAGCUCGGAGAAGGAAAGGUGUUCCUUUCCUGUUUUGCUGAUGCCA